GUGGUUUAUAUAAAGUCGCAGAUCGGAAGACAACUAACGUAUGUUGGAGCUUCUUUCACGCGCUGCGUACUAUUCUCUCUAAACUAUUUUCCUCUAUCUUUUACAAAUAAGUUUAAAUUAAAGUGAGUUAACAUGUUGAAACUGUUGUGUUUGUGCUGCUUGUUUUUUGUUUUAAACUUUGGCACUUCGCUGAGUGAGAAACAUAUCGGUAGACGCCGAGUGGUUCCGGUCAUCUAUUUACAAGGUUCCCAUUACGAAGUCGGAUACGAUGUGGGCCGUAACUUUGCCUCCAUAAUACAAAGUUUCCUCAAAACUUAUCAAGGUUUAAAGGAUUUUGAAAGAGAAUAUAACACACCGUCAGGGCGCGCCGCCUACGACACCACUCUGCUCAACAUGAAGCAAAGGUAUCCAUACUACGUAAAGGAAAUCCAAGGUGUGGCUGACGGAGCAAAGGUUCCUUUCUACCAGUUGUUCCUACUACACAUGGAUGACAUUAUUGGUACUAUCAACGACAAAAACUCUAACCGUAUUGACGACGGCGGCUGCAGUGACAUCGCCUUUAAAUCCCCGGAAAACGUCGUGCUCGGUCACACAGAAGACGCCCCGAUGGAGACGCUAAACCAUUUCUACAUAAUGUCGGCGCACGUGAUACCCACACCGGAAGAUAGAGAACUCGGCGCCGUCGAAGAGAGGUUCGCUUCGCUGUGCUACGCCGGCCAGCUCCCGGGCUACACGAUGGGUUUCAACGAAUACGGUCUCGUGUUCACCAUCAAUACCCUCAGUCCCCUUGUUCUAAAACCUGGCAAUACUCCGCGAAUGUUUAUUACACGAGCUUUAUUAACGGCCAGAACUCCAGCGGAAGCUGAAAAAAUCCUCCUGGACGAGGGUCUGGGCAUCGGCAAUGGUUUCUCAACCAAUGUCAUAUGGACCUUUGAGAAUGGAGAGCGCGAUCUAAUGAACAUAGAGGUUGCGCCCGAUCUCACCGCCAACAAAUCAAUUUUAAAUAUCCAGAAGUAUACUAAUGAUACACUAAUGCAUUGCAACGCAUACCUUCGGGAGCGAGUGCAGGAAGUGACUGGCGACAUAAUAGAAAGCAGCGUGACCAGAAUGAAGGCGAUCCGCCGCCACGCACCGCCGCGCUCCCGGCGCGACAUCGAGCGCGUGCUCUCUGACACCACCUACAAAGACUUUCCCGUCUUCCAGACCAGACUCGACGCUCCCAUACAGACUAUCGCCGCCGGUAUAUUCGACAUGUCUGCCAAGACGUGGAGCAUUUACAUUGACAAGCCAGACAGCUCGGAGCCUGUUGCCCUCCUUCCGAUGACAUUUUCACAGUUAAAUCAAAAUCAUUAAAGAAGAAAACUACAUCUAAUUAUUUAUUAUUUAUAAAAUUAUUAAAUACACCUUUAGUGUGAGGCAGCUCACACAUGUAUUUUGUGUUGUGUGUUGCACAUAAAGUUUUACUCAAAUAAAUUUAUUGGGUAGUAGAGUAAAAUUAGAUAAGAUUUAAUUUAUAUUUAAUAGUUGCUUGCUAAUGACCCCACCACCAUGUGGGAUACGAGCUAGGCAGAGAGUUGCUUGCUAAUGACCAAAACAACAGAUGCUUUCCACUACAGAAAAAUCCAUAAAAACCAUGUUAUCUAAAGACAAUAAGAAACAACAAUAUUUUGCAUACUCAUGUAGUGGUGUUGUGUUAUUGAUUAAUAACACUAUCCAACAUUUAAUAUGCAUUGUAUACAAAUCGUGUAAUAUGUAUAUUUCAGUGUGAUUUUAACAAAUUUAUAUCAAUAAAGUUUUC